AUGGCUGAGAAACAGGAUAUUGAGCAGCUGCAUCCCAGCCGUAGGCCAGCAGAGAUAACCUGGGAAAAUCGCCAGCGCAGACUCAGACAUGGCCUCCUCCUGACGUUGCUUGCUUUGGUUGGAACAUGUCUCUUCCGAUCAGCAUUUCCUGCUCUGGAUCCUCUAGAACAGGUGUUUUCUCAAAUGCCCUUGACAGAUGGACAUAAUGACUUCCCCAUUUGGACCCGAGCCUUCUACCACAACCACAUCUACCAAGAUAAUUUCACAGAUCAGAUUCGCCUUCCCCGAGAGCCCUAUAACCUCACCUCUGACAGUGAGCGCGUCCACCAUGAGAUCGUCAGAGACACUUUCCAGCAGAUUGACCUCGUCCGCCGGCUGACCGAGCAUUUCCCGGCCUCACUGGUUCCGGCGUCGUCGGUGGCCGAGAUACGUCACAACUUCAACCACCACUCCGGGCGCAUCUCUAGCCUUCUCGGAAUUGAAGGCCUGCAUCAGAUCGGCACCAGCCCUAGCAUCCUGCGCGUGUACCAUCGGCUCGGGGUCCGUUAUGCCUCGCUCACUCACACCUGUCACAACCAUUACGCCGACAGCGAGGCACCGACAGACGCCCAACAUCACGGACUCUCCGCUGCCGGCGAGGCAUUGAUUGCUGAGAUGAACCGCCUCGGUAUGAUUGUCGACCUCUCCCACACCAGUCGAGAAACACAGCGCGCCGCACUGGCGCUUUCACGCGCUCCGGUCAUGUACUCGCAUUCGUCGGCCUAUGCACUCUGCCCUCACUCGCGCAACGUCGAUGAUGAGUCACUGCGCAUGCUACAGCAGAAUGACGGCAUCAUCAUGAUCACUUUCUAUCCUGAGUACACUAAUUGCGAGGAUCCUGAGGCGGCAACUUUGGCGGACGUCGCAGAUCAUAUACAGUACGUAGGCCACCUAAUCGGGUACCGGCAUGUGGGUCUGGGAAGUGACUUUGAUGGAAUGCCUCACGGACCAAAGGACUUGGAGGAUGUGUCUAAAUAUCCAAACCUUGUUCAAGAAUUGCUCGAUCGGGGUGUUACUGUUGAUGAUGUUGUCGCUGUUGUGGGGGGGAAUGUCCUGCGUGUUCUUGAAGCUGUGGAAAAGGUCGCCCACAAGUCGCGUCACCUUUUGCCAUUGGAGGAUGAUGUUAAACCAUUUUUUGGGUAA